AUGGAUCAUACAAUGGCAACGACCGAAGACUCGACCGAGUCCCCCGCAGACAUCCUGCCCCCUUCAGAAGAGGCAUCACCAUCGGCAACUUCAACUCUGUCUCCCUCAGCAACACGCCCUCCAUUGCCAGGUAGACAGGUCAACGCAGCUAAUAUCGAGGAUGCUUAUGUCGAUUUUAUUCUUCACUGCAACCCCUGUGUGCCACCUGGGACAGACACGACCGCUCUCCGGGAAGCGUUUCGCGCCCUCCCCAAAAGCGGCGGCAAGAGCUUCAGCGCAUCUCUUUUGUUUGAUCUCAUCAAACAGUUCGACACCAAACAGCUCAAGACAUGGGCCGAGUUGGCUAUCAAGCUGGGGGUUGACCCGCCGGGUGAGGGCGAGAGCGGCCAGAAGAUUCAGCAGUACGCCGCCAGACUAAAACGAUGGAUGAAGUCGAUGCAUGUGGAUGCCUUCUUUGAGUAUCUCAUGGAGAGAGGGUCGCCCUACUGGACCGAGAUACCGGACGAGAAUGUCCCGAUUGCAGAGCUGGACAGGGAAGGGGUCUUGGCCGAGGAUGACAUGGCGUUACGGGCCUUGUUGCCACACAUCAAGCCCAAGAGGGGCCGGAGGAGACCUGGGGAGGAUGACCUGGGAAAGUCACCCUCACAGCGACCAUCACCUCGGGUGGAUGAAGGCGAGAAUGGCGGUGCCUGGAUGGCGGAGCCUCUUACCGGCGCGCGAAGAGAAAGCGUCUUUGUGUUUCCCCCUCCCCCAGACCCAACGAGGCUCAACCCAUCCGGCGCCACGUUUGCCCACGAUCUUGUCCAAACACCGUUGACAGCGACACCAAUGACGGCGUACCCUCACUCUGCCAUCACACCGUCGUCCAGAGCUUCGUUUUGGGCAGACGAGCCACAAUCUGCCAUCACACCUUCUUCGAGAAGAAAUGCUCACAGACGCCAUGGAGCCAAAGUUGUCUCAUCAGCGUGGAGGAGGGGCGGGGCUAACGGCACCGGGAAAGUCAGGGGUCGUCCUCCAAACAGUCGUCCUGUGAAUAUGGAGGGGCCGUUUUCCGCCUUUCCAGCUACCCCGGGCGGCUUCAAGUCAGCCUCUCCCAAUCCAGAAGAAGGCGGCAGCGCAUCAAAUGGAAAUGGCGGUGUGCUGCUCCCGCGAACGUCAAUCAAAAACUGGGGUGUGCCGACUGCGUCUCCUCUCACAACAACACUGCCAGUGGUGGCGAUGCCGAGUCCGAUUCAGGCAUCACCAGUCCACCCGUCACCGGUAGAGUCGGUGCACUCGAGGCCGGCAAAAAGAAGCAGGCUGUCACUGCAGGUUCCAGAGAGGGUAGGGGGUGAGGUGCGGCUUGCCACACCACCACCAGCACCAGUAGUCAUGAUUAAUGGGCAGACUACUACCGAGUCUUCAUCACAAGCACAACUGCAGCAAAUACAACAACAACAACAACAACAACAACAACAACAACAACAACCGCAGUUGCUACCACAAGCCGUUCAUGUGGCGAGUUACCCGACAACUGCCAACAACCAACCGCCGAUAGCAGCACCCAAUCCCACCCAGUAUGACCCCGCGGACAGAACAAACAUGACUGAAGUCGAAGGCCUCUUCAUGACGGACCUGAUGAACGCGGAAUGGUUCGACGCCAACGGCAACAAAAUCCCCGCCUGCUCCGGGGAUGAGGCCUGGGCUUUUACCCAGGCUGUCCUCGACCGGCUUCGGACCACGGCAUCGAGUCAUUUGGACUUUUUGAUCAAUCUCAGUGCGUUGGCUGGGGGGGGGUAUUUGAUGCCGAGGAAAAGCUUAAAGGUGGUAAAGUUGGCGGAACUGGAGGAUCGCACGAGGUACAAGACUCAUUGGCAGCUUAGGUAUGGGAGCGUGGUGGGGGAUUUCAGUAUGGAGGAGGAGGUCAUGCAUGCGGCUUGGAAAAGGAAGAAGAAGGAUGGGACAGGAGGGGGAGGGGGGGCGGUGGAUUGGGAGCAAAAGUACAGGGAUUUGAUGGUGGCGUUUAGAAGGAAGGAGGAGGAGAGUGUGGGGUUCAGGAAGAGGAUGUUGGAUUUGGCUAGGGAGAUGGAAUGA